AUGAGUAGUCGCCCCGAGCCAAAGUGGGAGCUGCAGGCGCAGCUCACCUCGCAGUUGGAGUGCUUCACCAUGGCGGACAGCCUAGUGAAGACCUACCUUCUCGGCAGCCCUCACAAGGACCGGCUGAUGGCGCACCUGAAGGAGUUGGUCGCCUUGAUGUCCGUUUCGCCGCUGCUCAACCGGUGCCACCUCUCGCUGAACUACUACCAGGUGCUCAUUGCCCGCCACGAGAAGGACCACGGCAAGGUCAAGGAACUGAUCCGCAGCCUCACCUUCAAGCCGGAGACCUGGGAGCACCUGCGCACCGUCUGGUACGAUACGCUGCACGAGGAGGAGGACCGCCCGCUGAGCGAAGUCCAGCGCCACCGCCUGCACAAGAAGCAGCCCUGGCCGCCCUCGAUCGCCGGCGAGAUGAAGGACGUCAAGUACGGGCGCGAUGAGAAUUCGCGCACCAUUCUCAACAGCUUCUACGCGCGAAAUCCCAGUCCCAACACCGGGGAGAAGGAGUCGCUCGCCAAGGCGAUUCCAGGCUUCACCGUGCGUGAUGUGGCAACCUGGUUCAAGAACCGCCGCCACCGUGACCCUGCCAAGCCAAGUGGAAAUGCCAUUCAGAAGAAGAAGCUGCCGCAGCCAAAGGCCGGUUGCAGCAAGAAUUCAAAAACUGACAAAAAGUCUGAUUCGGGUUCGGAGCCCGACGACAUGGAAAUCGAUGAACGAUCAUUGACUAUAAUCGACUAA